AUGCGGGCGUCUAUGCCACGACAUGCCGCUCUCUUCCUAUACUCCAUCCUAGCCAUCUUCCUCGUCUCGUUUGGCAAUGCAGCAGAACAAGAGCCACUUCGAGGAGCCAUUAGUGAAACCCCCAAGCGGGUGGCAAUAAUUGGAGCCGGAGCCGGAGGCUCGUUUGCUGCGUAUCAACUGCGCAAGCUUGCAGACGAAACCAAUAUCCCCGUCAAUAUCACAGUCUAUGAGCGUGAAUCAUAUAUCGGCGGUCGCUCAACAACAGUCAAUGUAUUCGACGACCCAGCGUACCCGAUUGAACUGGGCGCUUCCAUCUUUGUCCAGAUCAAUUACAACCUAGUCAACGCUUCCCGUGACCUCGGUCUCACAGUGAAUAAUGCCGACCAUGCACGGCCGAGGGAGACCGAGGAGAUUAUCGGGAUCUGGGAUGGGAGCCAGUUUGUUUUCACGUUGAAGAAUUCGUAUAGCUGGUGGAAUAUCAGCCGGCUCUUCUGGCGGUAUGGACUGGCACCACUACGUACUCAGAAUCUGGUGAAAAAUGUUGUUGGCAAAUUCCUCCGUCUUUAUGAAGAGCCCUUGUUCCCUUUCAGCUCUCUUACUGAAGCGGCUAUUGCGGCUGACUUGAUCAAUGCUACUGCAUCUUCAGGCAAUGUGUUUCUCCAGGCAAAUAAUAUCGACUCGCUAUUUGCGAGGGAGAUCAUCCAAGCAAGUACCCGAGUGAAUUACGGGCAGAAUCUGCAGCUGAUCCAUGGCUUGGAGUCUGUCGUCUGUAUGGCCACGGAUGGAGCGGUCUCUAUCCAGGGCGGAAAUUGGCGCAUUUUCGAUGGCGCGCUGAGUGCCUCAGGAGCGAAUAUUAAAAUGAAUACCACGGCCACUGAAAUUUCACGCAACAAUGAUGGGACUGUGCGAGUCUCGUCAAAGCCAAACGAGCAUGAGGUGUUUGACGAAGUUGUCAUUGCUGGUCCUUUGCAAUACUCCGGUAUCUCCAUCUCCCCUCCUCUGGAAUACACACCAGAUGAGAUUCCAUAUGUCAAUCUACACGUUACACUAUUUUCAUCCCCACAUCGCCUUUCAUCGAGAUUCUUUGGCCUAAAAGAAAAUGAUCGAGCGCCUGAGACUAUCUUGACUACUCUACCCGAGGGCCUUGAUCUGGGUUCGAACCCAGAUGGUGUUGGUCCUAUCGACUUCUGGAGCAUCAGUACACUUCGAAUAGUUGAUCAUCCUGAAGAUUCACAGCAGCAUUACGUUUACAAGAUCUUCUCGCCAAAGCGGCCCACGGCUGAAUUCAUUGCCCAGAUCCUGGGGUUGGAGAGUGAGACUAUGGGCAGCGAUGCGACCAUUAGAGACCUCUUAACAAGUGAUAUCAGUUGGUUCCAUGAGAAGUUAUGGAACCCAUACCCCCUUGAGUACCCGCGAGUGACAUUUGAGAAGGCUCUUCUGGCUCCGGGUGUGUGGUAUACGGGUGGCAUCGAGAGCUUUAUCUCGACAAUGGAGACCAGUGCGCUGAUGGGCCGGAACGUGGCAACACUCAUGUUCCAGUCGUGGCAGAAGCAAAGAGAUCAAACAUAUAGCAAUGCUUCCUCAUUUGGGGACAGGGAACUCUAA